AUGGAUAACUCCAAAAGCAAGCAUGACGAAAAUUUGGGUGUGAAAAAAACGGGGAAAAACAUAAGAAAGAGCCCUUUACAUCAGCCCAAUUAUAGUUAUGUUGCUAGUGGAAGAAAUCAAGAGCCUCCUUACAUUUACAACAUAAGCGUAGAUGACUUCAAGGAAUUUGUUCAGCGGGUUACUGGGUUGUCCUCACAGAAUCCUCCUCCUCCUAAACCUUGUACUAAUUUCCCAAAACCACAGCGUAUGCGGUUGCAGAAGACCAGACCUCCCCCAUUAACCCAUGUGCGACCACAAAUGUCGGUCCCUACAACCUCUCCACCAGUUCCUUACAAUAAUUACAAUAACACCUUCCAUAGCCUUGCUCAAUUUACACAAACAUCACCAAAUCCUUGGCAACCGUUACCUCCUGGGGACAUAGCUUGGACUAAUACACCUGAGUCACCCAUCUCUGCCUACAUGCGAUAUUUUCAAAAUUCUCAUUCCUCGUCAUGGGGAAACCAAGUGCAACAACAAACACAACCACAGCCAUACUCUCUUCAACCAUUGGUACCAGAAAUUGUUCAACCCUAUCCAGCGUCUUCUGCUUUAUUUACUAAUCCUCCCAUAUCAGAAAAUGGUCAGUCCUAUCCAGCUUCAGCUGCUUUAUUUCCUAAUCAUCCCAUAUUAGAAAAUGUUCAGUCCUAUCCACCUUCAUCUUCUUUAUUUCCUAAUCAUCCCAUACCAGAAAAUGUUCAAUCCUAUCCACAUUCAUCUACUUUAUUUCCUAAUCCUCCCAUGCCUAAUGCACCUAUGAUUGAUAAUGAUCCACCUGUGCUGCCGUGUAUUCCUUCCCCACAAACAAAUGGCCUUCCAAUUUUACCUUCCCCAAAUUCUCAAUCCCUCAUGCCUUCAUCAACUAGGUACAUGAAUUUCCCAUCCACUCAGUCACCUGAUCUGCUAUUGUCACCUGAUGUUCAGUUUCCAUCUCCUUUUACACCAGACUUCCCUUUCCCUCUCUUUGAUCAAUUAGGGUGUUCAGACCUUGGGGCUCAAACUGAGCUUUCUCCAGACAUGUUUCCAUUAUCUCCUAGUUCGGGACUUUUUCCAGUCACAAGUCCUAUGUGGAGAGAUGAUUAG